GGAAGGGACUCUCUUUAUAAUGGGACGCUGCUGAGCAACAGAGAGACACUCAGUGUCACUGAUCGUGUUUUGGUAUAGGUAAAACUUCACCCAAAUCAGAUUCGGCGUGUCCGGGGAUGGUAUGCCUUUCUAUGUCGACGCAGAAGGUUGGAACAAGAUGAAAAGAGAAAGAUCAAAGUGUCAGAGCUUCCCCCCAUUAGAGGGCAGAAACAAGAGACACAGAAGCACCGCACCAGUGUAUGCCCAGACAGGCUCCACCAAUUUACAGAACGCCACAGAGGAGACAUGGGGCAAUCUGCCACACCACGUGGUCCUGCACAUAUUCCAGUAUCUGUCUCUGGUGGACCGGGCUCGAGCGUCUUCUGUGUGCCGCCGCUGGAAUGAAGUCUUUCACAUCCCAGAUCUGUGGAGGAGGUUUGAGUUCGAGUUGAACCAGCCGGCUACAUCUUACCUGAAGUCCACACAUCCGGAUCUGAUCCAGCAGAUCAUCAAGAGACACGCUCAGCAUCUGCAAUACGUCAGCUUCAAGGUUGACAGCUGCACAGAAUCUGCAGAAGCAGCCUGCAACAUUCUCUCUCAGCUGGUGAACUGCACCAUUAAGACACUGGGUCUGAUUUCCACAGCGCGGCCGAGCUUCAUGGACGUAUCUCAGUCACACUUUGUCUCGGCCCUGACGGUGGUGUUUGUGAAUUCCAAGUCUCUAUCCUCUAUAAAAAUCGAUGACACACCGGUUGAUGACCCGUCCCUGAAGGUACUGGUCGCCAACAACAGUGACACGCUCAAGCUGCUGAAGAUGAGUAGCUGUCCGCAUGUUUCUCCUGCAGGCAUCCUAUGUGUGGCUGAUCAGUGUCACGGCCUUCGGGAACUGGCUCUUAACUACCACCUGCUGAGCGACGAGCUCCUGCUGGCGCUCUCCUCUGAAAAGCACGUCCACCUGGAGCACCUGCGCAUUGAUGUGGUGAGCGAGAACCCGGGCCAGACUCAGUUCCACACCAUCAAGAAGAGCAGCUGGGAUGCCCUCAUCCACCACUCGCCCCAGGUCAACAUCGUCAUGUACUUCUUCCUGUACGAGGAGGAGUUCGGGCCCUUCUUCCGCGAGGAAACACCCGUCACACAUCUGUAUUUUGGUCGAGCGGUCAGCAAAGACAUGCUGGGUCGUAUCGGACUCAACUGUCCACGACUGGUGGAGCUGGUGGUGUGUGCAAAUGGGCUGGAGCCACUUGACGAGGAGCUGAUUCGUAUCGCAGAGCGCUGCAAGAGCCUGACGGCCAUCGGCCUAGGUGAAUGCGAGGUGACCUGCAGCGGCUUCAUGGAGUUCGUAAAGAUGUGCGGAGGGCGAUUGAGCCAGCUGUCCAUCAUGGAGGAGGUGCUCAUCCCAGACAACACCUACAACAUUGAGCAGAUCCACAGCGAGGUCUCCAAACAUUUGGGCCGCAUUUGGUUUCCGGAUAUGAUGCCCACAUGGUAGAUAAAUCCAAACAUUUCGACAAAUCCACUCCAGUCUACCUAUGUAAACAAGCCGUUUGCAUUUGGCAGGCAUGGCAGCCAUUAGGCAGAACUGGGUAAUUAAAAUUUAGCAUGGGAAACGGAACAUCUGACUCUACAUCUGGAUCAUUAGUGUGGAAGUGCUGCUGUAGUAGAAACAUCAUUUGUGAUUGGAUCUCGACGAUGGGAUUUGAAUGCAAAGUGUUUACAGAUCCACACAAGUGCACGCACAUGAAAGCCGUACUUUCUGUGGUAUUCAAUGGGCACAGAAUGACUCUGUGGGACUUGUUAAAAUAACCUGUAUUUUGUGACAUAACCGGAAUACUUUCAGCUACUAAUUGUUGAAAAAAGAUGACUCACUUUUCUCCGUUUAUAACAAUAACAAUCUGCGAAUCCAAUGGUAAUUUGGUGACACUUUACAGUAAGGUUUGAUUUGUUGACAUUCAUUAACUACAUUAGUCAACCUGAUUGAUCUACAGCAUUUACUAUUCUAAGAUAACAAUAAGCUCAACAUUUGGUAGGUCAAGUGUUAGUUCAGACAAAAAUGUAAACGUGCUUAUUAUUUACUCACCCAAAUGUGGUUCCAAUCUCCUGAGACCUUCGUUCAUCAUCAGAAUACAAGUGAAGAUAUUUUAGAUGAAAUCAGAGAGCUUACCCAGCAAACAAUUCUGUAUUUAAUAGACGUCUAAUAGACAUCUAAACGUAGACAGCUUGGCUAAAACAAGACUAAACUGGGGCUGUCAGUGAAAAUCUAAUAGGCAUCUAGAAAUAUCCCAAAACUAGAAUAGUCGUCAAAUAGAAAGAGAUUAGACAGACUUUAUAUGUGUAGUCAUUCAUCUUUAGUCUAGUUUUGGCACAUUCUUAUUUGUCUAUUAGAUUUUCACUGACAGCCCAAAUUUAGCUUUGUUUUAGCCAAGAUGACUAUGUUUAGACGUCUAUUAGACAUGUUUUAAAAACAAAAAAUGUUGCUGGGUACUCACUUUCCAACUUCAAGCUUCCCAACUCGCAUUGAGUCCAGAUAAAUACCAAAGAAAAAACAUUCUCAAAACAGUGAUCAUGAACAUGCGCAAUAUACUGACACUGAGGAGAUUUUAGUUUUAUGUGCACAAAAAGGAUUCUCGUAGCUUGAAAAUAUUCAGAUUGAACCAUUGAAGGCUUAUGUUCUGUUUUGAGGAUGUUUUUGGUACUUUUCUGAACUAGUUACAGAUGAAUUAUUAUCAGUUCUCUGGAUCUAAUAAGUGUGUUAAUAGUGUUUAUUUUAGAAACUACUGAAAAUGUGUCUUCAAAUAUGAAGAAAUUUAAUGUCUCUAACAAUAACAGAAGGGGUUUAAUAAGUGAAAAGAGAAGUGAGCCUUGUCAAGUAAGGUUUUUACCCAAACUCGAAAUUAGUCCUCUCCUUUUAAACUAUACAAAUAGUAUAGUAUGCUAAAAACAGCAUGUUAGCCAAGUAGUAUGUCCGAAUUCCUAGAAUUUGAAAAACUGUUUGUGAGACGUACCCGGAUGACGUACUACUUCCGGUGAGAUUCUGAAGUGUGCAUCUGAUGGACACUACGCUGUCCCAUAAUACACCACGAGAGAAUUCAUGAAUGGGAGUGAAGCGACGCAACUGGCACGGGUAGGUCAUGUGAUGAUGACAAAAUGGCGGAUGUAGUAUGUCUGAGUUCCAUUCAUGCUACUUAUAUUAAUACUGUAUAGAACAUACUUUUCUAAUGGUCAAAUAGUAAAUUUAAAUUCAAAUGCAGUACCUACUGAGUAGUAGGCAAUUUUGGACGCAACUAUUGUGAGCAUACACCCAGAUCAGUGGGUAGCAAUAGCUUCCCGAGCCCGGGGAGCAAUUAGGGGUUAGGUGCCUUGCUCAAGGGCACAUCAGCUGGGUAUCCAAGAUGUAGAGAGUGUGAUUCAUUCACUCCCUCCAUCUUCUGUUCCUUUUGAGACUGGGAAUUGAACCAGCAACCUUUGGGUUACAAGUCCAACUCACUAACCAUUAAACCCUUUAAUAACUGCCUCUAAUACCUUUAAAAAACAAUAACUUGUCUUAUUUUUCCCAGGACUGUAGUUCUAAAAAUGUUCUUAAAAUAAAAUAAAAGCACAGUGCACACCAUGACUAUUACAGUAUAACGGCAAAGAGCAACAAUUUAGUUGGAAAGACUUGCACUUUAUUUUGCUCUAGUCAAUGAACAAUAAAGACACUGACAGCAGAAUUAAAUCUGCUUUAAAGAGCUUGAGCAUUUAAAGUAGCAGACAACAAAACUGCAGCAUGUGAUCAUAAUAAACAGAAAAGCAUUGUCCACUCAUGUGGCUGGUAGUGUGCUAAUGUAGUACAGUAUAUGCUAACGCUAAUUUAGUAUAGUUAUUUAUAUAGUUAUCUUGCAGGCUUAAAUACACUUUUUAUUUUAGAAAUAUUUGUACAAUAUUUCUCAUUGUUCAUGUAAAUCAGUGGUUCCCAAAGUGGGGGUCGCGAGACAAUGUUGGGGGGUCAUUUGGUGAUUUCCAAAAAGAUCAUAUAUGUUAUUAAACUAUUAGAAUUAUUUUAUCCAUAAGCUACAAGAUAAAAAUAGUAUUUAAUAGUUACAUAAAAUAACAACAUGCAAAUAAAAAGCCAUCAGCCUUUCAUUUCUUUUUGCAUUGGAUUGCGACCCCUGGGGUUACUAUGCUAGAUUAAUGACAAAGCAACAGUGUUAAUUGCAGCAGAUUGAUUUUACCUCACAAUGUUAAACUUUGACACCUUUACGGCGCUC